AUGAAGGGGGCGCCAGAGAGGAUCCUGGACAGAUGCUCCUCCAUCAUGCUGCAGGGACAGGAGGUUCCUCUGGACGACGCCUGGAGGGACUCGUUCCAAGACGCCUACAUGGAGCUGGGAGGUCUGGGGGAGCGCGUCCUCGCGGUCCUGUUCCCGGACUGGGCCUACAGACCCUGGUGGUCUUCCAGCUCACGGCAGGUGCAGCUGUGGCACUUCCUGCUGGAGCUGCUGGGGGCGGGAGAGGGCGGAGCUAUUGGCUGGAGCGACCAAUGGGGAGAGUUUGUGAUCCGAGACCCAGAACGAUUGGCUCAGCUGUGGGGUGAGAGGAAGGGGAAGCCACACAUGAACUACGACAAGCUCAGCCGGGCCCUCAGGUACCAGCCGGAGCCUCAGGUACUAGCCGGACCCUCAGGUACUAGCCGGGCCCUCAGGUAUGCCGGGCCCUCAGGUACCAGCCGGGCCCUCAGGUACCAGCUGGACCCUCAGGUACUAGCCGGGCCCUCAGGUACCAGCCGGGCCCUCAGAUAUUACUACAACAAACGCAUUCUGCACAAAACCAAAGGCAAACGCUUCACCUACAAGUUCAACUUCAGCAAACUGGUCCUGGUUAACUACCCCCAUGGUCUGCCCCAUGGUCUGCCCCACGGUCUGCCCCACGGUCUGCCCCAUGGUCUGCCCCAUGGUCUGCCCCACGGUCUGCCCCACGGUCUGCCCCAUGGUCUGCUCCACGGUCUGCCCCACGGUCUGUCCCAUGGUCUGCUCCACGGUCUGUCCCCUGGGCUGCCUUAUGGUCUACCCCAUGGUCUGGCUCAUGGUCUGCCCUAUGGUCUGCCCCAUGGUCUGGCUCAUGGUCUGCCCAUCUCCCCCCUCCCCCCACGUCUCAGCUCCACAGUCUCCCCCUCCCUCUCCCCCUCCCUCUCCCCCUCCCUCUCCACCUCCCUCUCCCCCUCCCUCUCCCCCUCCCUCUCCACCUCCCUCUCCCCCUCCCUCUCUGCCACGACUGCCUCCCUCCGUCUACAGCCGCAGCUGCCCUGGGACAGAGCUCUGACACUCCUGCUGAAUCGACACACAUGA